CACAGCCCUCCUGUCGCUCAGAGCUGAGAGCCGUUGUCAGGUAAAGAUGGCGACCAGGGUCCUUCAGACAGUCGGCAGCGGCCUGAAAUGCACAAGAAAUUGGUUUGUGGCGAACGGACAAAUCAUUAUAGCCACAAGGAGCAUCUCUGGUUCUCCUGACAGUUGGUUCAAGUCUCUGUUUGUGAGAAAGGUUGACCCUAGGAAAGAUGCUCAUGCCCAACUGCUCUCCAAGAAGGAAGACAACAACUUGUACAAAAUACAAUUUCACAAUGUCAAGCCAGAGUGCCUUGAUGAUUACAAUGAACUUUGUGAAGAAGUGUUGCCUUCAAUCCACGCUAACCCCGAGUAUCCCUGUGAGCUGGUGGGGACAUGGAACACAUGGUACGGGGAGCAGGAUCAGGCAGUUCACCUGUGGAGAUAUCGGGGAGGAUACCCAGCUCUCACCGAAGUCAUGAACAAACUCAGACAGAAUAAGGAUUUUAUUAAGUACAGAACAGAGCGAGGGAAGAUGCUGCUGUCCCGUAGGAAUCAGCUGCUACUUGAGUUCAGUUUUUGGAAUGAACCCACUCCUCGCCCUGGACCCAACAUCUAUGAGCUCCGGUCUUAUCAGCUCAGGCCAGGAACCAUGAUUGAGUGGGGAAACUAUUGGGCUCGUGCCAUUGACAUUCGCCAACAAAACCAAGAGGCAGUGGGAGGCUUUUUCUCACAGAUUGGUAGUCUGUAUCAAGUGCAUCACUUGUGGGCAUAUAAAGAUCUGCAAUCAAGAGAAAACACCAGAAAUGCAGCCUGGCAGCGAGAGGGUUGGGAUGAGGUGGUCUAUUACACAGUCCCUCUGAUCCAGCACAUGGAGUCUAGAAUAAUGAUUCCUAUGAAGACUUCACCCUUAAAGUAACUAUGGCUUAUCCGGAUGCUGUACAACCAUCAGGCCUAUCAAUAUUUUAACAAACCAUUGGAGUGUGCACUGCCAGUGAAAAAAGCGGCAUGUCAUGUGGGGUUUCUAUCUGCUUUUCUCUUUUUUGUGUUUUUGUAUCUUUGUAGGGCUAGCUCUAGCUCAAAACAUACAUGUUAAGAGUGACAUCAUGCAAAAACAUACCUGUUGCAAAGGUCACUGACAUUGUGUUACUGAAUUGUUGUAUGCAAACAACAUUGGCAUGCUCCUUCUUUACUGUUGCUAUUUUAACGGUCAAAUUUCAAGCUCCUCUAAUGAUAAUUAACAAAUUACAUCACAGAAAAUGAAUCAAGGUUAAAAUGUCUUAAUUUUUUAACAAUAAUGUAUGUGUAGUUCUCUGUAACAUCAAUCUUUUAUUUUACAACAAUACGCCAUCUCAAAUAAUAGAAAUUCAAUAAUUUGGAUAUUUUGUGUCAAAUGUUUGGAUUGUCUGUUCUGUAUGUCUGAGAGGAGCCUGCUGUUUACAAAUGAAAGCAUCUCAAAAUGAUUGUAAUGUUCUUUUGAAAAUAUAUUUAUUUGUUCAAAAUAUACCCAACUGGGGGAAACUGCAGGAUGUUGAAGUACUGUUAACUUGCUGUGCAAUUAGGUUUGAUGGCUGAAAUAUUGUUGAAUGCACAAUUGAACAAAAAUAAGCUUUGUUUUAGUAUAAAUAUUUAUUCUUUCAAAAUCUUAAAUAUGACUCAAAUUUCUAGCAUCUCUGGUAUUGUCUUAUGUUUUUAAUUGAUCUCUUUAACAAAAACUACAUUUGUAUCGAUUACUGCUGUACACAGUCUGAACUUUGACAUGGAUUCAGUUAAUGUCAACUAAAUGAGAAUAUUUUUUUCAAAUGAUCACAGUACCUAAUUGAGUGAUUGGCUCCCCAAGCGAGCCAUUGUUACUGUCCGAUUUUAACUAUAAAAUUAAAUGGCUGCCUAACUUUAAAAUACAUCAAUAAAAGACAUGACAUGGUGGGGAAAAAAUUGUUUUUUGCAGCAUUUAGGUUAGAAUGCUUUGCCAUGUAUGCAGAAAAAGAAAAAAAAAAAGGCUAAAAGAGAAAUAAGAACUGUUAUUUAAAGAUGAGAUACAGUCGCAU